CCAUUCCGCCCCGCCCCUUCCGCCCCGCCCGCGGCCGCCAUGGAGGCGGUGCCGCGCGUCGCUUUCGGGGUCAUCGCCGACAUCCAGUUCGCGGACGCGGACGAUGGGCACGACUUCGGCGGCAGCCGGAGGCGCUACUACCGGCACAGCCUGCGCCUGCUGCGGGACGCGGUGCGGGCCUGGGCCGCCGAGAGCCCGCCGAUCGACUUCGUGCUGCAGCUGGGCGACAGCAUCGACGGGCUGAACGCCCGGCGCGGCGAGGCCGAGGGCGCCCUGCGGCAGGUGCUGGAGGCCCUGGGGCGGCUGCCGGUGCCGGUGCACCACGCGUGGGGCAACCACGAGUUCUACAACUUCAGCCGGGCCCGGCUGGCGCAGAGCGGGCUGUGCAGCCGCCCCGCGGGGGGCGCGGCCGGGCCCCCGGACGGGCUGUGCCAGGCCUAUCACUGCAGCCCGGCCGCGCGGCUCCGCCUCGUCGUGCUCGACGCCUACGACCUGAGCGUCCUGGGCAGGGACCCCGACAGCCCCCGCUACGAGGAGUCCCUGCGGCUGCUGCGGGAGAAAAACACCAACGAGGACCUCAACAGCCCCGCAGGGCUCAAAGAACCUCAGUUUGUAGCAUUUAAUGGAGGAUUUAGCCAAGCCCAGCUGAACUGGUUCGAUGAAGUCCUCAAGUUCUCUGAUGAAAACCAAGAAAAAGUUGUAGUUAUGGGUCACCUGCCCAUUCACCCGGAUGCUUCAGACAGGGUGUGCCUGGCCUGGAAUUACGAAGCUGCCCUGUCUGUCAUCCACUCCCACCGGUGCGUGGUCUGUGUCCUCGCGGGGCACCUGCACGAUGGGGGAUAUUGCCUGGACUCCCAUGGAGUUCAUCACCUGACCUUGGAGGGGGUGAUCGAAACGCCCCCGGAAAGCAAUGCUUUUGGGACUAUUUAUGUCUACGAAGAUAAAAUGAUACUAAAGGGAAGGGGCAGAAUUGCAGACAGAGUUAUGCAAUUCUGAAAUGCCAAGUAAAUACAGAUUGCUCUUCAGGAAGGACUCGGGAUAAAAACGUAGGGGAUUCAGCUUACUGUUUGCUUGUAGAAAGGUGCAUGGCUGAUCCCUAUUGCUUUAGCUCAGGAUACAGGAUUUUAGAAAUUACCUUUCUGUAAGGAAACAGACCUGAUUUCUUUGUGGAAAAUAGAGAAGGCCAGUAAUUGAAAUGUUGAAUGCAGAAUGUUGACUUGAAACACCUAAUCCAGACUGGAUUUGUUACUGUGAAAAGAUGCAAACCAUAUUAUGAAUAUUUUCAAAAAACCACCCACCGUUAUUCUCUCGGUGAGCAUUAAAGCAUGCAGAGUUGUACCUGCCCAGCCGCA